CCCGGGCUGCCGGGAUGGAACUAUCCCGAAACCAACGGACCCCGACGACGAGGAAACGGAUCUAUGAGUGAGCAGCUGGGGCGCGAGUACGAGAUCGGCGAGGAGAUCGGGCGCGGCCGCUUCGGCGUGGUCCGCCGCUGCGCCUCCCGCGCCACGGGAGAGCCCUUCGCCGUCAAGUCCGUCGACCGCUCCGCGCUCGCCGACGACCUCGACCGCGCGCUGGCGGGGCUGGAGCCCAAGCUGGCGCGGCUGGCGGCCGCCGGGGGCGCCAACCCGGGCGUCGUGCAGGUGCGCGCCGUGUUUGAGGACGAGGCCUGGACGCACACCGUCAUGGACCUCUGCGCGGGGCCCGACCUGCUGGACUGGGUCCGCCUCCGGCGCGGCGCGCCCGUGCCGGAGCCCGCCGCGGCCCGCGUCGUGGCGCAGCUCGCCGAGGCGCUCGCGGGGUGCCACCGCGCCGGGGUGGUCCACCGCGACGUCAAGCCCGACAACGUCCUCCUCGACCUGGACGAGGACGGCCCCGCCGGCGAGGGUGCGGCGCCGCGGGUGCGGCUCGCGGACUUCGGCUCCGCCGCGUGGCUCGGCGCCGGCGGGCGGGGCGCCGCCGAGGGGCUCGUGGGCACCCCUCACUACGUGGCGCCCGAGGUGGUGGCGGGCGGCGAGUACGGCGAGAAGGUGGACGUGUGGAGCGCCGGGGUGGUGGCGUACGCGCUGCUGUCCGGCGGCGCGCUGCCGUUCGGCGGCGAGACCCCCGCGGAGGUGUUCGCGGCCGUGCUGAGGGGCGGCCUCCGGUUUCCGCCCGCGCUGUUCGCCGGGGUGUCGCCGGCGGCCAAGGACCUGAUGCGGCGCAUGAUGUGCCGCGACGUCUCCAGAAGGCUCUCCGCCGAGCAGGUCCUCCGGCACCCGUGGAUCCAGAGCGGAGGGGGCGCCCAGGAGGCGGUGCAGCCGACCUGAAUCCACGCCGAUGCCGAGACGAAACGGCGGCGAGUGUUCGCCGGUGGCAGACGAGUUUUUGUCCAUAUCGAUCGACAUCUCUGUAUAUCCAGGUACGCGACCGCGGCGAGGAGCGGUGCGGCGGAGAAGAGCGUCCUCGCUGCGAUCCCCCGGGAGUGGGGGAAGUGACGGCGGUGGCUUUCACCUGGGCCGUGUUUUUCUCUUUUUCUUUUGGGCCUUUUUUUUUCGGCCGCCCUCUUUGCUUUGUUUGGGAAAGAGAGAGAGAGGGCACCAAGCAGUUUUAAUAAAUUUGUUGUGAUGUGAUGCGAUGAUGUAUGUAGUUACGGAUGCCUAACCGCUCAUGUACAAAUGAAUAACAAGGGCUUGCUGCUGCUAGUAGAUUUGUCUAUAACUUUAUCCAUGCCGGCUUUGAAAUGAAAAUUUUGAGGGGGUUCGGAUGAUGCA